GAAAGAGAGAGAGAAAAUCACAACACAGGCAGAUAGACAGCAACAGACACGAAGCGGGGAUUUGAGAUAGGACCAAAUAGACUGAAGAGGGAGUUGGCGAUUGAGAAAGUGAGAGAGAUAGGGUCAAUACACCGGGCGAAACGGGGACAUAUUGAUUUGAUGAAUAUUGCGUCAAAAUCGGUUAGAAUAACUCUCUGUGUUCCCUGAGUGACGGGAAGGGAGAUAACACACACACGCACACACACCGUCCGGAGUCCGAAAAUGGAGGGCAUGGCAUAUGGAGCUGGGAAGGCUGGAGGUGCUUUCAACCCUAUAACGUUCUUCCAGCAGCCACACACCAUCCUCCGGAUCCUCUCUUGGUUUUUCUCUAUUGUGAUCUUUGGUUCUAUAGCCAACGAGGGUUACGUGAACCGACCGGACGAGUCCCAGGAGUUCUGUAUUUUCAACAGGAACCAGAAUGCGUGUAACUAUGGACUGUUCAUGGGAACCUUGGCCUUUCUCUGCUGUCUGGUCUUCCUGGCCCUGGAUGUCUACUUCCCACAGAUCAGCUCUGUCAAGGACCGCAAGAAGGCUGUACUGGCAGACGUAGGGGUUUCAGCAUUCUGGUCCUUCAUGUGGUUCGUGGGGUUCUGUUUCCUGACCAACCAAUGGCAGGUGGCGAAGCAGGAGGACAACCCCCUGAGGGAGGGAGGGGAUGCUGCUCGUGCUGCUAUCACCUUCGCCUUCUUCUCUAUAUUCACCUGGGCGGCCCAGUCCUUCUUCGGCUAUCAGAGGUACCAGCUGGGGGCAGACUCUGCUCUCUUCUCCCAGGACUACAUAGACCCCAGCCUGGAUGCUGAGGCGGCCGGGGACCCCUACACCUCCUUCACGGCCGGGGGGGACGAUCUGGGACAAGGAGCCCCUGUGGGGGGGUCCUCCUAUCAGGGGAUGAACGGCGAGGGGGGUGGGGGGUACCAGGAGUACUGAGGGAGGACAGUGGGG